ACGAGCUACUAUGAACAAGACUUUGGCAAUCGGGAGUACGUGGGCUAUUUUAUUGUGCGCCAUAGCUUUAGCAGAUGGAGUACUUUACGAAGUUCUGCUUAACAGCUUCGAAGCAGUUCCUCGCGAUAUAGAAGACAUGCUCGAUUAUGGGACCAUCCGCUUGACGCGUCAGGGAAAGAAUGAGCUGGGUGUCUCCGGCUCCUUCACAGUAUUUCAAAACACUGGUAAAGAAGCACAGGUGCGCUGGACAGUUUACAAAAUCGACUUCAUGGGCAACAAGCGAAUGUUCAUCAAUGGCGCUGGUUCUUUAUGCGAGAUCAUAGCACAAGACGAGGUGGUCUAUCCGCAUCUAUUGGAAAAGUCCAACCUACCCCCACAAGACUCGUGUCCCUUUCCCAAGGGUAAUUACACCAUCCAUAACUUCGUGCUGGACGAGCAAAGAUUUCCACCUGCAUUGCCCGCUAGUGAUUGGAUUGUGGAAACGAUAUUAACUCGCGAUGGUAAAAUUGGAUGUGGUUUUAGGGUGAGUUUUACCACCAAGUGAGAGUUAUAUGGAGACGUUAGAGCUUUAUACAAAAUGGGAAGAAAUGCAAGCAGCAAUUAUUAAACAGCAAUGCAAAAUCAAAAGUGCAAUGGUUUUUUUUUCGGACUACUAGAAAUGGUAGGGUAGAAUGGAACGGGGAUCUCAUUAGUGUUGCAUGUUGUAGUUGAGUUUGUGCGACUGGUUUCAC